AUGCUGUAUGUUCUGCCUAGCAACAGUCCCCAAAGUGACGCAACUGGAGCCCUACCCGUCAUACUGCACACAGCAGUGGGGUUCAGGGAAGGCCACAGUCGAAGUCUGUUGCCAAGAGGUGAAGCCAUUAAGACCAAGCAAUUCGGCUUCCAGACUGAGCUGCAGACACAAAGUGGGACUGACAAACAGCUGCUUGAGGAGAGCACAGGCUCAAGCAUUGCUGCACUGACAAACCUGUCUCUGUCAGACUGCAGGCACAGUGAAAAAAACCAUCUUGUCCAGACUUGUGUCUGUUUACAUCCAGGUAAAUAUUAUCCAGGUGAGAAACCUCGAGACGUUAUCGCCACAAGGGGCUGCGGGCCGUGUCCGUGGAAGCGAAGGGGAGCGGGCACACACAGCCAGCAGCUGGUGAAUCGUGCGCAGGUGCCGGAACCGCGCACCUGCGCCGGGGAGCUGAGCACCUUCAGACGGGGCAGGGCCUAGCCCGGUCGGAGCUUCCACCACUUUAGAGAAGUGCCGGCGGGGCGGAGGCGAGAGGACGAGACGGAGUUCACCGCGCCAGCGGUACCCCGGGGCGGCCCGGCCCGGCCCCCCGGCCCCAGCGCCGGCGGAGCGGGGCCGCGCCGGGCCAUGGCGGAGCGGGGCUGCCCCCGUGCCGCGCGGGGGGAACGUGCCGGGGCGGGCAGGCGCGCCAUACCCGCACCAGAGGCAGAGGGGCCGCGGGGAAGCCGCACCGUGCCGGGGUCGCUGGAGCGCCGCCACUGCCUGUACCUGCACACAGGCCGGGGUGAGCGCGGCCGGCGGGAGCCGCUCCCUCUGUCCUGCGGAGCGCAGCGGCUGGCCCGGCUCCCUCCCGCGCUCCUCUGCGGCCGCAGACUCACCUCGGCCUCCCCUCCAGCCUUCUGCCAGAUGGUGGAGGUCCUGCUCGCCGUCCUGAUCCUGGUCUGCAGCUCCGUGUCCUGUGGCUCGGCGGGAGGAUACACCGGCCUCCCCGCCCUGGGGGGCAUCUACUACUACCAGUACGGCGGGGCCUACAGCGGCUUCGGCGGAGCGGAGGGGGAGCGAGCCCAGCAGCUUGACCAACGUUUCUACCUACUGAAGCUGCCCAUUGCAAGGGCAGCGAUGGUCGUGGGAGGGUGUCUCCUGGUCUUCCCUUGUGUUCUAAUUUUGGUUAGUGUUCUGCAGGUCCCGUGGCACUUCCCAGCAUGGCUGCUAAUUGAAUGCACCUUGUACGUAGUGAUUGCAGUUAGCACAGUGCCUGCUCUGUACUAUUUCCUCCAUUCUCUGCUGAGCGUUUAUAAUUCAUCAGUGUGCAAAGAGAGAGAGCAGCUUUAUCAAAGCAAAGGCUAUCAGGGCUUCUGGUGCAGCUUGCAUGGGGCAGAGAUUGCUGCUGGCCUAUUGGGCUGCAUGGCUGCCAUGGCAUACCUGCUCAGUGCAGGCCUAGCUGUCAGAGAUUACAGGACAGUUCAUGAACAGAAACAGAAGCCACUGCAAUUAUAAUAACUUUCAAAUGAUUCCUCCACUCCAGUCUUGAUUUUUGCCAGUUUUACUGAGAUGAAGCAGUAUGCUUUCCUUUCUUCUGUAGCCUUAAUGCUACAGAACACUCACCAAGCUAGCAUAGCUCUAAAUAUGGUAGAGUCAGGUUAUUCCUAACUUGAAUUUGCAUUAUUGAGUUAUUAGUGGCUCAAAGCUGAUGCAAUGGAUUGUCUCUGCUUCACAGGCAGCCCUUCCAUCCCACUCUCAGGUGUCCUCCAGUGAGGCCUUGCUACAAGUACUGCCACUACAUGCUUUUGUCAAUGAACAGCUUUUUGUAGCUGAAAAGCAGCUUUUUGUAGCUGUCUUUACAAAAGGCACGUGACUCUGCUGACAAAAGAGCUCUUAAAAACAAGUGACUGAGGCCCAUGGUUGUGACGAUUAAGCAUUGCUUCCUUGUAGGUCUCUUGGAAUUAACAGACCAGUGUGAACGUCACAUUUACAAAGCCAUGAAAAUAUCUUGAAAAAAACCUCUCAAACUCAGUCAAACUUGUGAGAAAAUGCCUUUUCAAACUCCUGGAGAGGGUGCAUUUAUGUAUGAAAUGGUCUUUUUAUAUGACUUUUGUAUACAAGAGUUUUGCUUAAAAAGAUGUCCUGGAUUGGGAUAGUCAGACAAAAGCUUUAUGAGAUCAAAUGGGUGAUUGAAUAUAGAAGUAUAUUGUUUUCAAAAUACAUUUUCAAUGUACAAGUUGGAGAAAUGAGAUGCUGCUCUUAAUUUUUUUUUUUUUUAGAAAAACUUAUAGGAAAUUUAACUGGGAAAAGUAGCACUAGAAUCACCAACUCAUGUCUUAAAAUAAAAUGCCACUUCAGAGCAG